AUGGAUAGCGAAGAUUCUUUACAAUUUAAUGAAACCUCAAGCGAAACUUCUAUUAGUUGCUUAAAUGAUGAUAUUGUUACUACACAUUCAAUAGAUAAUAAUCAAUCAAAAAAAAGAGGAGGCCAGUGUGAUAUGUUAAAAAAUGAUAGUACAAAAUGUAAUCAUAUUAUUGAAACUGAUAGCAAUACAAAAAAUUUUAGUUAUCAUCUUCAUAUUACACAUGGAGAUAAUGUUGAAUAUAAAGAGCAAGUCGACAGCAUGGUGGCUGAAUUUCUUAUAUCUGAUUCACAACCAUUUUCUGUUUUAGAAAAUCCGGCAUUCAAAAAACUUUUAAAAAAACUUAAUCCAUAUUAUGAAAUACCUUGUGACAAAGGUAUUAAAGCUCGAAUUUGUAUGUCUUAUAAUUGGAUGUUGGCCACUCUUCAAGAUAUAUUGAAGAAUUCAAUGAAUUAUUGUGGGUUAACAAUAGACUUAUGGACUUCCCGCAAUGAAUCUGAAGUACUUAAUACUGAAUUUGAAACAAAAAUCAAUCAAACUAAAAUUAAUAUUCCACAAGAAUAUCUAAUUCGUGAAGCUCUUCUUGCAAUACUCCUUGAUCCUAGAAAUAAAAAAAUAGAAUUUGCGACUUAUUCUCAAAGACUUGAGGCCGAAGCAUAUUUAGUGGCUGAGUAUGAAGUAUUUAAAGAGCAAGAAUCAAUACUGACAAAUAUAGUACAAAUGGAUAACCUUGAAGAGGAAGAAAAUGUCUUGUUAGCUAUUAUGUAUAAACCUAUUCAAGAAUCUGACAUUAAUAAUGAAAUUCAAACUUAUUUUGCAUUGCCGAAAAUUUCAA